UCUCCAACUUGCAGUUCUGCUGUCGGUAGCGGCGGUAGCGUUGCAGAGGACAGGCUCCACUCCAGUCAGGAUUGCCGAGGCGGAGGAUAUCACGACGCCCGCGCCUCCUCCGAUACCUCCAUUCAUGGUCGACCCGCCUCUGAACGUCACUAUACUGGAUGGAUCCGUUGAAGAGCUUUUCGAAGGGGACAUCGUCCUCACCAAAGAUCAGCGUCUCAACCGUAAGGGUGCUCUGGCAUCGACCUGGCCGAAUGCAGUUGUACCGUAUGUAAUCACCAAAUCCUCUAGGGGUGACGAGACCAUCAUUCUAGAAGCAAUUGCUCAUUGGGAGACUGCAACGUGCCUCAGUUUCGAGAGGAAACGAGGACAAUACAGGAAAGGGCCGCACAUUCGCUUCGAAAAGUUGUCAGGAUGCUGGUCCUACGUUGGUAUGAGAAAGUCGAAGGAAGGUCAGACAAUUAGCAUUGGGAAUAAUUGCGAAUAUCUCGGUAUUGUGGUACACGAGAUUGGCCAUGCUAUCGGAUUCUGGCACGAACAGUCCCGUACAGAUCGAGACUCGUACGUCACGGUCAUUUCGGAGAACAUCCAAACUGACCGAGAAGGUAAUUUCAACAUAGCGUUCACCGAACAGUCAUUGGGAGUUCCGUACGACUUUAGCUCCUUGAUGCACUACGGUGGAUUUGCUUUCACCAAUAAUGGUUUUCCGACACUCGUCACCAACGACAUCGUCAAUUCAGGACUUAUUGGAAAGCGGAAUGGUCUCUCACACCGCGACAAGCACCUGGCCAACCUGAUGUACCUCUGCGACGCCAGCUGCUCGUCCCCGCCCACCUGCGCCAACGGCGGCUACUUGGACAGCAGCUGCACGUGCGUGUGUCCUCCGGGAACCAGCGGCGCCACGUGCCAAACCGUCACGGGCACCUACUACGAGGCGCCGUGCGGCGACCAGGACAUCACAACGGAGGGAAACAUCACCUCGCCCAACUACCCCAACAUAUACGCGCCCGGACUGCACUGCGUCUGGAUCGUCACCGCGCCAGAAGGAAUGCAGGUCCUCAUCGAGUUCGGCACGUUCAAGAUGUUCAGUCGCUCUGAUGUCAGGUGUCCCUUUGACUGGGUGACCGUGCACACCGAUAGCGACUCGAUUCCAGACUAUGUCAACUGCGACGAGGAGCUGCAGAAUAAGAACAUCACGUCGUCAGGCGAUCGUCUGGCUCUGGAGUUUCACAGCUAUGGUGGUGGCAGCUUCCCUGCUAAUCAGACGGGAUUUACGUCAACGGUGACGUUCGUCUAGGGGAUUGACGAGAGGCCCUUCCUCGGGCCACACUUGACAACGGGAAUUGGUCACUUCUUUCUCGGGCAUCUUACUUGGCUUGUCUGUAGCUGUUUUGAUCAGAAGUUUUUGAAAGGAAAUGGUGUGAUGGGUAUGGUGACAAUUUGUGCGUGUGUGAGAUGCAAAGCAAUCACAAUUAAUUUGUUUGCCCCAUGGUAGAGAUAGAACUUGCGAUGUUUUUCACAUCCUGGGGGUUUGGAUCAAUAAAUAAAGAAACAAACCGGUUCUCUAUAUUAUCUUCAUUAUCUGGCUGGAAGGAAAGUUGCCUUUUUCCUGAUUUAAAUAGGCAUGUUUUUCAAUUCACUUGUUUGGUGUAUGGUCUGACCACUGCAGGUGUCGUUUUUUGUUUUCUUCAAUAAGCCGACAUUACAUCACGAUACUACUUGGCAAUAAUCUUGGUCCAUCUUUGGGUGGUACCAUUAGGGUGACGAGUCGGUUCAAAGAGCUUUAGCACUAAUCAACAUGCUAAUACAUGCUACAUUUCACAGCUAAAAUAAUCAUGUAAAACGUCACGG